AUGGAAUGCGCAGAGGAAUGCCAGGACACGGAGGCGCUGCGAUGGGGCGCCGGCAUUCUGCGGGGAAGCGUCGUCGUCUGCUCCUUCUCGCAGGGCUUCUACAACGGCACGUCGACGGUGACCGCCAUCCUCGACGUGGCGGAGGCUCUCGGGUUCGCCGGCUUCGUCCUCGUGGCCAGCGAGCAGUACGGCGACUUCCUAGCGCAGCCGCUUCCUUUCUGUGUUUCCGGCGUCAUGGUCCCCCGAGUCGCCGAUGCUCAGGUGAUGUGGUCGUACUACGCGGCUCACACGGUCUACGCGGGUAGCGCGACAGUGUUCGGCGCCACCGCGGCGAUCGCGGAGGGAAGAGCGGCGACGUUCACCGACGUGGCUCCGGUGGUGGCGCGGUACUCGUCGCGAGGGCCCGAUGUCACCGACGCGGAGUCGACGCCGGCAGACGUGCUCAAGCCGGACAUCCUCGCGCCGGGCGACCAGAUAUGGGCGGCCUGGAGCGCCUCCAGCGUCAACCAGCCAAUCCUCGCCGGCAACCAUUUCGCGAUGGUCUCGGGCACCAGCAUGGCAGCGCCGCACGUCGGCGGCGUCGCGGCACUCAUCAAGCGGAGGCACCCGUCGUGGGGGCCGGCGGCCAUCGCCUCCGCGCUGUCCACCACCGCCCGGAGGCACGACGAGCGCAAGGUCCCGGUCAUGUCGGAGGGCUUCGAGAUCGGCUCGUUGCUCCGCGCGAUGCCAUUCGACUACGGCGCCGGGUUCGUGAACCCCGCCGGUGCGCUGGACCCCGGUCUGGUCAUCGCGCCAGAGCCCCACGACUACGUCGGCUUCCUCUGCUCCUUGCCGCAGCUUAGCCCCGACGACGUCCGGGCUGCCACCGGCUUGACGUGCCAGGCGCCGCCGCUGUCUUCUCCGGCGGACCUCAACGCGCCGUCCGUCACCGUGUCCGCGCUGCGGGGGUCCCUGUCCGUCCGGCGCAGGGUGAUGAACGUGGCGAGCGAUACCGAGACGUACCUCUGCUCCACGCUGCCGCCGACCGGGGUGGACGUCGCCGUGCGGCCAGGGUGGUUCGAGGUGGCACCCGGGGAAACGCGGGAGCUGGCGAUCGAGCUCAGUGUGACCAGGGCGUCUGGGGCGUUCAGCUUCGGUGAGAUCGUUCUUACCGGGAGCUUGGGUCACCUGGCGAGGCUGCCGCUGGCCGUGCGGCCCCUUGCGACGCCAUGA